GCCAGGGGGCGCGCGCUGCCUCUCCGCCGCGCCUCCGCCCCCCGCUCCCGCUCCUUCGGCCGACGGACCCCGUGCGCCCGCUGCCCGCCGAGCCGCGCCGUGCCGCCGGGUGUCAGAUUUGUCACCUACUCCAGAGAGAAUCAAAGCAAUGUCCUACGUUUUUGUAAACGACUCUUCCCAGACAAACGUGCCACUCCUGCAGGCUUGCAUUGAUGGAGAUUUUAACUAUUCCAAACGACUGUUAGAGAGUGGGUUUGACCCAAAUAUCCGUGACAGCCGAGGCAGAACUGGCCUUCACCUUGCUGCAGCCAGAGGAAAUGUAGACAUCUGUCAGCUCUUGCAUAAGUUUGGUGCUGACCUACUGGCCACUGAUUACCAAGGUAACACAGCCCUUCACCUGUGUGGGCAUGUGGAUACCAUCCAGUUCCUAGUUUCUAAUGGACUUAAAAUUGAUAUUUGCAACCACCAAGGUGCAACACCACUUGUUCUUGCAAAACGAAGGGGUGUGAAUAAAGAUGUGAUUAGAUUGCUGGAAUCUUUAGAGGAGCAAGAGGUGAAAGGAUUUAACAGAGGAGCUCACUCAAAGCUGGAAACAAUGCAAACUGCUGAAAGUGAAAGUGCAAUGGAAAGCCAUUCCCUCCUUAAUCCAAACCUACAGCAAGGUGAAGGAGUUCUUUCCAGUUUCCGAACGACAUGGCAAGAGUUUGUGGAAGACCUGGGCUUCUGGAGAGUGCUGCUCCUGAUUAUUGUCAUUGCUCUUCUGUCACUGGGAAUUGCAUACUAUGUUAGUGGGGUGCUUCCUUUCGUAGAAAACCAGCCUGAACUGGUGCACUGAAUCAAAAGCAAAGUAGUGCACUCUGCUUUUUCCCUGCUCUAAUCUUAUUUUGAGCUUCUUGGAAUUAUUUGGUUGGUGCAGACAGUGGCAGCUGUAUAUACUGUUUGCCUUUUGUACUUAUUAUUAAACUCUUGGAAACAGUAAUUAAUUCAUUUCAAGUAACACACUAAAUUCAGAAGCAUUCCUAAGCUACCUCUGGCUUAUCUUGACUUGCAAGCAAGAUGUGAAGAUAAUCCUCUCUGUUGAUAGAGCAUUAUGAAUAGAGAAGGCCUUUCAUAAUGAGUAUUAAAUUUGUGGCCAUGAAAAAUGUAUCUUAGUAUAGAGCCAAAUUUGAUUAAUUUUCCCUGUGAGGAGAGGUAAAUGUAUUGUUGCAUUUUUCUGUGUGUGUUCUUCAAUUGAAAGAAAAUUAUUAUUUUAAAUUUCCUCCACAGGGAAUCUGAGUAACAUAAUAAUGCAUUCUGAUAUAGGCAGUAAUAAGCUGCAACUUUGUAGUUCUUUUAGUGCCUCCCUGUAGUUUCAUAUCUGCUAGUUUAUAAAAGGAAUGAGGAAUUGUUUAAAUUUUAUUAUGCCUUCAAUGCAUAGGUCACUCUUUUAUUUAUUAGGAUAAUGCAGUGUUUCUCCAUCAGAUGAAUUUGAUGCUAAUUCCUGCCUGAAGUAAAUUUUGUAGAGCAAAGCUGUUUGUUGUGCUUUGGGAAUAAAGUUGUUUCAGCCUUGGGCUGAAAAUUUUUGCCUUUUUGUUGAAAUGUUACUAAGCAAACCUUUCUUUGUGAGGGUGGUAGAAAGUGAUUGAGGUGUUCUCCUCUGUAUAUAAUAAUUCUGUAAGUCCAUUGUCUUUGUGAAAUCUGUCCUGAAGGAUAACUUCCUCCCACAAGGACCAGACAGAACCCUAUAAUUGCUUUGUUUUCACGUUUGUGGAGAAGACUUGAUUGAAUAGAAUCCCUUUCUAGAAUUGUUUUCCAUUUUGGUUUCAGACAGCACUUACAGGCUUAUGAAUUAUUUUCUAAGUAUGCAGAAUAAAAGUAUUUUAAAUGUUAAUGUUAGGAGCAUUGUAUGAAAUGAAAUCUUGAUCCAUUCUGCACUUAGCUGUGAAAUGCUGUGUUUGUAAAUAACCUAGGGAUAUGAAUCAGUUAAAAUACUCUUUUAUGAAGGCUAGGAAGGUGUUACAUAGUAAGCUGGAGGGUUUCAAAGAGAGCAGCUUCUCUCCCUCCCUGCUGAUCAGACAUCUGAUUAUCUUUGUUGUCAGUGCUUUGAAAAUCCCAAACAAAAUUAAUUCUGCAAACCUCAUGAAUCAAUUUUUUUCCUAGCCACCCUUGAAGUGUUGCUAAAUAACAUUAGCCAGUUAUAAAAUUAUAACUGCAAUAAAUAUUGAUAGAAGUAACCUCCAAUACCCCCUCAAACCACAGCACCUACAUCUCUGUUGUGCUACUGUGUGUGCUUUUCUUUCCUGUUUAUGGGUUUGAGUGAAGAGAGUUGUUGUGUUCCUUUUGAUGUGUGACAUGGGCUUCACUGAGCUGGGCCCCAUUUUUAAACUGUAUCUGAAUAAUUCUUGUUCUCAUUUCCUAAGUUAGAGGUUAAUGAAAUGAUACUUUUCUAGUAGCCACCAAUGCAGCAGAAAAGAAAACCUCUUAAAGAAACCUAAACCAAACAGCACAUACUCCUCUUCUGAAUAUUUCAAUUCUUGUAUAAUCUGUUCAUUAACAGAGAAAUAAAAAGUCAUACUAUACUUAAAUUACAUUUACUUUUCUAAAUAAGUACAUUUCUAUUAAUAAUACUCUGUAUCUUGAAUAAUCAGAUUGUCUUUCAGUGUGUAACUGUAAUAAUUUGUAACUGUAUUCUCAGUAUGGGUGAAUGCCACAAAUAAAUAUAUGUAGUAAAUAUGUUUUGUUUGAUUAUUACAUUAGUGCAGCAGUAAUGAUGCUACCCCAUUAUGCUGAGUUUUUUGUUGUGCAUUGAUAAUGAGCAAUCUCAGAAGUGGGGAGGUUCCUUCCCUUAGAAAAGGAAACCAUAGUUUGGAAUAAAUGAAGUUGCUGAAGAUUUGCUUGGUUUAUUUUCAGUAUUGUUACUGAAUCACUGUUACUAUCUAUCUGUCUGUCUUUUUCUCUUAUCUAAGAUUUCAGGUAUGGAACAUGCUAUCUAGAGGCCCCUUGGGAUUUAAGAUUACCUAUAAGGGAGUAGAAAACAUAACCAAGAAAAACAAGUUUGAGCCUUAAAUAGCCUUUCCUACUUUGCUCUGCAGGGGUAUAACACAAGCAUUUCAGGAACAGCAGAUUGAAAAGGUCUGAAAAAUCGUGCAAGUUCCAUCCAAAAAUCAUGCAUGUUCCAAAUUAACAUACAUCACUUUUUCAACUCAAAAAAAUCCCAAGCACUGUUUAAACUACUGUGUAAUGACUGCUACUCUUUGAAAUAUGGAUGUUAUAAACAUAUGACU